GGAUGGGUGUGGUCGAAAUUGAAUUACUCACAGUCUUUAAAAUACGUAUCAUACUAGUCAUCUCAGAAAUCACCGUAAACUAAUUUGGAAACUCCACAGCGAGCACGCGCUUACUGUGUUGGCAGACAAUUUUAAUUUACCCCUAGUUAUUUCUUAUUGCAUCAAACUAUUUAUACUGAUUAGCUAGUUAAUCUAGUUUAACCAUUCUAAUAGUAUUUUAUCUCAUAUGAUUUUUAUUCCAUUCGCUAAAGCUUACUGCCUGGAGUACCAGCUACAUUAGCUAUUAGCUAACGUGAGUUUGCAUGCAAAACUGUAUCUAUUUACGGAAAUGAAUUAAAAUGGAAUGCAAUUACAACCCUAAUUCCAUAAUAACAAUAAUAAUAAUAAAAAUAAUCAUAAUCAUAAUCAUAAUAAAUGAAUAUGUGGUUGAGCAGCGCCCCCAGUUGACCAUGCCCGUCCAGUCAUUCUCCUUCCCCCUCCCUGAGACCCGCUUCUUCCGAGCUGGACGCCACGUCUACAAGUUUAAGAUCAAGAGCGGCAGCAAAUGCAGUGAUGAGAUUAUCAACGAUGAGCACACCACGCAGGAGCUUGAGGAUGUCGUACGGGUGGUGCUAGCAAACCUGGACAGCCUCCAGCCCUUCGUCACAAAGCACUUCAACAUCUUUCCCUACAAGAGCAGGUGGGAAAGGGUCUCUGAGCUACAGUUCCAGCAGGGUGGGCUGAUGCUGACGGCCUACCCUUUCCUCCUCACACUCUACCUGGAAACCCACGAUGGCCUGCAUGCGCACACAGCUAAGCAGUCCGGGGCCUGGACACCGGUGAGAGCAGCAGAACAGGGCGCACUUCCUCUACCUCGGAGCCUCACCUGUCAGCACAAGCGCAGUAGGACUGAGCAGCCACCAGGGGGCUCUCCAACUCAGCACAGACGCGGGGGCGCCCGGCCGCCCCCAGAGAGGACCACUGGAGCCGAAACGAUGGCUGGAGACAGGAGGGUGUGUCUCCCCGCCGAACGAAGGCCCGCGGUGUCUACCCAUCAUGCCCCGACAGCGCUCCGCCCUGUUACUGCCGCGCAUGACCACCGCCUGACACACGGGCGCACUCAGGUUCCAGGACAUUUAGCAGCGGUUAACACCGCCCCAGUCAGCAGUGCUGUGAUACAGACAGAAGGGUGGGAGGAAGGAGGGGCUGAGAGUGAAGGGGAGGGGCUUACCAGGACUGCAGAGCAGGGUGAACCUGAAGGACCCGCCCCCAGUGACUCCGAGACAGGCCAGCCAGGUGUUCUUACCAGCUUUGCCAGGAAACUGUUUCCCUUCUCCCUGUUCGUUAGAAGCUGGAGGAAAUAGAGGGAGCACUUUUUCGCUUGUUUUACUGUUCCAGUGUGACCAUUUUCCUAAAUUAUAAAAUGCAAAAAAAGGCAAGCACUACAGUAGAUAACUGCAUUGUCAUCAAAAGGUUUAAAUGCCAGCAUUUUUUUAAAACUAGAAGAGCCAUGAGUCUUCUGUUCACUGUUUGUCAACAGGUAAUUUUAUGGCACCACAGCAAAUUAAGUUAAUUUCAUUAGUAGAUUAUUCAGUAUGUUUUAAAUUCUGUUUUGGUUGUAGCUGUUAUUACAUGCCAGUAGAAUUAGUAAUAUUAGUUAUAAUUGAAUAAAACCAAAUUUUUAGUGUCUGUUAAUUGUGUA